GAGUCGAAAAUGGCUGUUCUCCGACCUCUGUCAAGAAUCGCCCGGCUUGGCUGCAGCCUCUGUCGGAACCACCGUUUAAUAUUUAACAGAACCUCGCAGAAUCGAGGGAUAGCUUCAUGCAUCGACCCUUCUUAUGGGCUCUCAGAUGAACAGAAGGAGUUUCAAAAAGUGGCCUUUGACUUCGCAGCCAAAGAAAUGGCUCCACACAUGGCGGAGUGGGACCAACAGGAGUUCUUCCCGGUGGAGACGAUGCGGAGAGCCGCCCAGUUGGGUUUCGGUGGGAUCUACGUUCAGCCGGACGUUGGAGGAUCGGGCCUCUCUCGACUCGACACGUCCGUCAUCUUUGAGGCUCUGUCCACUGGCUGUGCGAGCACCACGGCCUACAUCAGCAUCCACAACAUGUGCGCCUGGAUGAUCGACACUUUUGGUGAUAACGACCAGAGGGAGAAGUUCUGCCCUGAUCUCUGUUCGAUGAAGAAGUUUGCUUCCUAUUGUCUUACUGAACCAGGCAGCGGCAGUGACGCCGCUUCACUUCUGACGUCUGCACAGAGAAAGGGUGAUCAUUACGUCCUAAACGGCUCAAAGGCCUUCAUCAGUGGAGGAGGCGACACAGACGUGUACGUUGUGAUGUGCAGAACAGGAGGCAGAGGACCCAAGGGCAUCUCGUGUCUGGUGGUGGAGAAGGGAACUCCCGGCCUCAGCUUUGGCAAAAAGGAAAAGAAGGUGGGCUGGAACUCUCAGCCAACGAGGGCGGUGAUAUUCGAGGACUGCGCCGUCCCCGUCGCCAACCGCCUCGGCAAGGAAGGACAGGGCUUCAGCAUCGCCAUGAAAGGCCUGAACGGAGGCAGGAUCAACAUCGCUUCCUGUUCGCUGGGCGCGGCGUACGCCUGCGUGCUGCUCGCCAGCGAUCACUUGCUGGUGCGCAAACAGUUCGGAAGGACGCUCGCCAGCAGCCAGUUUCUGCAGUUCAAACUGGCGGAGAUGGCUACGAAGCUGGUGGCGUCUCGCCUCAUGGUGCGCAACGCUGCGACGGCGCUGCAGGAGAACCGGACCGACGCCGUCACGCUCUGCUCCAUGGCCAAAUUGUUCGCCACAGACGAGUGCUUCAACAUCUGUAACCAGACCCUCCAGAUGCACGGCGGCUACGGCUACCUGAAGGACUACGCGGUGCAGCAGUUUGUGCGGGACAUCAGAGUCCAUCAGAUCCUCGAGGGAACCAACGAGGUGAUGAGGAUGAUUAUCGCCCGAAACCUGCUGACCGAGUCCUGAGGGGUCUCCGCUCCCAGACCGGAUCAGUUCCUGGGCGGAUGCUCCGUAGUUCUGGUCCGCUCAAGUUUUCAGUUUGGAGAAGC